AUGGAGUCCCAAGUCAUGCCAAGCCUCCAGCUGCAGCCUCCUGCACCCCAGAACUUGGGCCUCACACAGCGGUCCCGCAUGGUCACCUGUGCCCCUCUGCUCCGCUCCGCAGUUUCAGGCCUCUGCCCGCGGCGACCCCGGAAAAACUCCUCGCGGCAGCUCCCAGAGGCCCACGCGCCUGUGCGCCGCCGUCUCCCUUCCCCCGGGGUGACUUCCGCUGCCUGGACGGAAGUGCUGGGGGGACACGUGCUGGGUUUCCUGCCAGGUUGCCACGUGCUCCUCUCCUCCAAAGGACUCACGUUACCCUGCGUGGCCAACUCGAUGCACUUAAAUUGGAAAUACGUGAGUCUCUUUCCUCCAAACCUCAUCUCCUUUCCGACGGGUAGAGCCAGCCCGGCUCAGGACGACGCGGCCAUGGCCCUGCCUUCCGGGGACCCCCUCUACGGCUCCUGCAGCCCCCUGAGCCAGCUGGGGCCCGAGGAGCCGCCGUCCACCAAGGGCCUCUACUACCGCCGGGUCCGCAAGGUGGGCACCCCGCGCGCGCGCCCCGCGGCCGACCUGGAGGAGGAGAUCCUGGUGAACGUGGGCGGCCGGCGCUACCUGCUGCCUUGGAGCACGCUGGACGACUUCCCGCUGAGCCGGCUGAGCAAGCUCAAAUUGUGCCGCAGCUACGAGGAGAUCACGCAGCUGUGCGACGACUACGACGAGGACAGCCGCGAGUUCUUCUUCGACCGCAGCCCCAGCGCCUUCGGGGCCAUCGCCAGCUUCCUGGCGGCCGGCAAGCUGGUCCUGCUGCGCGAGAUGUGCGCGCUGUCCUUCCGCGACGAGCUGGCCUACUGGGGCAUUGACGAGGCGCGCCUGGAGCGCUGCUGUCUGCGCGCGCUGCUGCAGCGGCGGGAGGAGCUGGCGGAGCUGCGCCGAGCCGAGGCCUCGAACCCGCCGCCCGAGGCGCGCAGGCCCGGGCCUGCACCCUCGCGCUGGGGGCUGCUCAUGCACCGGCUGCGCGAGAUGGUGGACAACCCGCAGUCGGGACUGCCCGGCAAGGUCUUCGCGUGCCUCUCCAUCCUCUUCGUGGCCACCACGGCGGUCAGCCUGUGCAUCAGCACCAUGCCCGACCUGAGGGCCGAGGAGGACAAGGGCGAGUGCUCUCAGAAAUGCUACUACAUCUUCAUCGUGGAGACCAUCUGCGUGGCCUGGUUUUCCCUGGAGUUCUGUCUGCGCUUCGUGCAGGCCCGGAACAAGUGCCAGUUCUUCCAGGGGCCCCUGAACAUCAUCGACAUCCUGGCCAUCUCGCCGUACUACGUGUCGCUCGUGGUGUCCGACGAGCCCAGGGAGGACGGUGAGCGGCCCAGCGGGAGCUCCUACCUGGAGAAGGUGGGGCUGGUGCUGCGCAUCUUGCGUGCUCUGCGCAUCCUGUACGUGAUGCGCCUGGCGCGCCAUUCGCUGGGGCUGCAGACGCUGGGCCUCACCGUGCGCCGCUGCACGCGCGAGUUCGGCCUGCUCCUCCUCUUCCUGUGCGUGGCCGUCACGCUCUUCUCCCCGCUGGUCUACGUGGCCGAGAACGAGUCCGGGCGCGUCCUGGAGUUCACCAGCAUCCCGGCGUCCUACUGGUGGGCCAUCAUCUCCAUGACCACGGUGGGCUACGGCGACAUGGUCCCCUGCAGCGUGCCGGGCCAGGUGGUGGCCCUCAGCAGCAUCCUCAGCGGAAUCCUCAUCAUGGCUUUCCCGGCCACGUCCAUCUUCCACACCUUCUCCCACUCCUACCUGGAGCUCAAGAAGGAACAGGAACAGCUGCAAGCCCGCCUCCGCCGCCUGCAGACCACCGCCACCACCAGCGAACACGAGCUCCUGAGUGACGUCGAUGACCUCGUGCUGGAGGGCCCGUCCUUGCCCAUCAAGUACAUUUAA